AUGCAAAGAAACCAGACAUCAAUCAAAUUUUUCAUCAUUAAGGGGAUAUCUGAUGACCCUCACUUGCAGCUUCUGAUCUUCCUUCUGGUUCUCCUGAUUUAUCUCAUCACCAUAUGUGGUAACCUGACCAUUCUCAUUGCUUGUAAGGAACCUCAUCUCCAUACUCCCAUGUACUUCUUCCUUGGCAACUUGUCUAUAGUAGAUAUCUGUUGUUCUACAGUUUCCUUGCAUAAAAUCCUUACAAAUUACAUCUCUGGGGAUAAAAGGGUUUCUUUUUUUGCUUGUAUGGCCCAGAUGUACAUGUUUGGAUCAUUAGAAGGUCUUGAGCUGUCAAUUUUGACAGCCAUGAGUUAUGACCGCUAUGUGGCCAUCUGUAAACCUUUACAAUACCACCAGAUUAUGAAUACUGGAACAUGUGGAACAUUGGCUGCAGCCUGUUGGAUUUUGGCUUUUUUACAAGUUCUUCCUCCCGUUGGGAUGGUAUAUAGUUUCUCUUGUUAUUCCUCUAUUGAGAUCAACCACUUCUUCUGUGACAUAAUCCCUGUGAUAAGAAUUUCUUGUGAAGACACCACUUUAGCUGAAAUGCUCUUCUUCAUAGAAGGACUAUUUCCCAUGAUCCUGUCGCCAUUUCUCCUUACAUUUGUGUCGUAUAUAUUUAUAAUACACGCCAUACUAAAGAUACGUUCCAGUUCUGGAAGACUAAAAGCCUUCUACACAUGUUCCUCACACCUCACCGUGGUAAUAUUACUAUACACAACACUAUUCAGCCAAUAUUUGACCCCAAACCUUAGUAGCACCUUAGAAUCCAAGAAACUUUUUGCUCUAUUUAACACGGCUGCUGUCCCACUGCUCAACCCAAUCAUCUACAGCCUUAAGAAUAAAGAUGUGAAAAGGGCUUUGAAAAAGAGCAAAGGUCCAAUUAAAUGA